GUGAGGAGGAGCACGACCGCGAGGGCCGGGUGGUGACGGCCGAGUUCCCUUCCCUCUACGUGGUGGCCGCCUACGUCCCCAACUCGGGGCGGGGCCUGGUGCGCCUGGACUAUCGGCGCCGCUGGGACGCGUUUCCCCCCCCAGGUGAGGAGGAGCACGACCGCGAGGGCCGGGUGGUGACGGCCGAGUUCCCUUCCCUCUACGUGGUGGCCGCCUACGUCCCCAACUCGGGGCGGGGCCUGGUGCGCCUGGACUAUCGGCGCCGCUGGGACGCGGCCUUCAGGGGUUACCUCACCCGCUUGGACGCCCUCAAGCCCGUGGCCCUUUGCGGGGACCUCAACGUGGCCCACCAGGAGCUGGACCUCUGCCACCCCAAGGCCAACCGCCGCUCGGCCGGCUUCACCCUGGAGGAGCGGGAGGGGAUGGGGCAGCUCCUGGAGUCGGGCUUCUUGGAUUCCUUCCGUCACCUCUACCCCACCCUGCCCCACGCCUACACCUUCUGGACCUACUUAGGGGGCGCCCGGGAGCGUAACGUGGGUUGGAGGUUGGAUUAUUUCCUCCUCUCCCGUCGCCUGGAGGGGGCGCUCUGCGACAGCAAGAUCCGCUCCCGCGUCCUGGGGAGCGACCACUGCCCCAUCACCCUCCUCCUGGCCCUAUAGCUGACCCCCAAGUGCGCCCCAUAGCCAAGGGAGAUCCGGGGGAUGGUGGAGAACCUCAAGAGGUGCCCCUAAUUCGCCCAAAAUUCACCCAAAAUGGCCCCAAAUCGGGGUUUGGUGAGGUCAUCGAUGACCAUCCAACCUCAACUUGGCCAUAAAUCCAACCCCACUGCCCUAUAACCCACCUCCCUGCCCCAUAGCUGACCCCCAAGUGCGCCCCAUAGCCAAGGGAGAUCCAUCUCACCAUGGAGAACCUCAAGAGGUG